AUGCAAAACCGUUCAGAAUCUUGUCCUCCGGACUUAAAGGCUCUUUCUUUGAGCGUUUCCUUCAGUGGGUGGAGACUGGCGAACACAAAGUUCAAGUCUUGGGCUACAAAAAUGGCUGAUUUGCACGAACCCACUUGGAAGAAAGCUGGGAUUUUCGAAGCAGUCAUGGCAAGCAGACAGAGAAUCUUCAGAACCAACACAGAUCUCGUUAUGGGUAUUGCUGAGAAAUGGUCACCUGACACCAAAACUUUCGUCUUCCCUUGGGGUGAAGCAACCAUAACGCUUGAAGACGUAAUGGUGCUUCUAGGUUUCUCUGUUUUGGGUUCGCCGUAUUUUGCUCCCCUCGAUAGCUCAGGAGAGAUGACAGAGGCGAAACUAAAGAGAGCAUUUCAGAAGCUUUUGGAAGGUAAAAUGACUAUAGUAACUCAAGUAGCAUGGAUGGAGAGAUUCAUGAACAGUGAGGAUGAGCUUGAGCAUGUGGCUUUCCUUGUGUUGUGGCUUAGCUAUUUCGUAUUUCCAUCAUCCUCCUAUGUAAUCUCUAAAGCCGUGUUUCCAAUUGCUGUUCACCUUUCAAGAGGCACGAGGAUUGCUCUUGCUCCGGCUGUUCUUGCCCACCUGUAUGCGGAGCUUACUCUCUUGAAGAACCACAUUAGAGAUCUCACCAUCAACAAAAGUACCGAAAAAAUUGUUCUGUCUUCCUUGUUCCAUUUGGUUCAUGUUUGGACGUGGGAGAGAUUCAGGGAACUUCAGCCAAAACCGAAUCCGAUGGUAGAGGAAGGUGAGCCAAGAAUGGCUCGUUGGGAUAACCUGCAACAACGGAGAAAGAGCAAUGUGAGGAAGGUUCUUGAAAACUCAAAAGUGGACAGUUUUGAGUGGCGUCCCUACACAAAGACUGUGGCAAAUUGGAAGUUUCCUCGGUUUUACCCUGAGAAAGCAAUGUCGGUUCGGUGGUGGAGGAAGUCGUCUCUAGAACUUCAGUGUUCUCGAGUUGCUGAAUCACUGAGACAAAGAAACAUCACAGGUGGUGACGGUACUACUAGUUCUGUUCCUUCAGGUCCCAAGAAGCGGAAGUACACUAAGCGAGCUCGUGACAAGGAUGAGAGUACUUUGGGUGAGUUUUCAUCAAAUGAUGAGAAAGAUGAUGAUAGCCUCACCAUCGCUCAAGUAAUGGGACUUAGAAAGAAGAAGUGUAGUGAUGUAAAGAACAAUGGAAGAGAUGCUUUUGGACAGCUUGGUGAAAAAAGUAUACUUGAGGAUUCGGGUCCUCUUCAAAAGCUUUCUUGGAUAAGAGCUGAUGGAAAUGAGAUUGUUCCACCACCAGAAAUAGAGCAAAGCGAUGAAGAGACUGAUGAAGCCGGAAGCAAAGCAGGGAAGAAUACGCUUUUGAGCCCACUUGAUGAAGACAACUCUUUAGUUCCUCCUAAGUUACAGCCAUUAACUCUAUUUCUUCAGCCGUUGGGAGAAGGGUUUCCUGGAAUACUCAAAAGAUCUAGGAAGCGUAGAACAACGGAAAACUUGAAAUCAGCUUCAAGAGAAGUGCUACUUGGUGAAUUGUUCCACAAGGAUUUAGUGAAGAGGAAAAGUGAGCAUUUGGGAAACAAGCGAGCUCGUGAGGAUGAUGAUAAGAAUUGUAUGGAUGAUGAUGAAGAAGAAGAAGAAGAAGAAGAAGAAGCUGGAAGCAAAGCAGGGAAGAAUACGGUUCUGAUCACAGGAAAUGAAAACAACUCUUUGGAUCCUCUUCUCGGUGCUAAUAGAGGAGCAGUUGAAAGUAUUGUGUCACCACCAGAGACAAAGCAAAACUUUGAUGUUGAGGUUGAUUUAAGUGGAGUCAAUGCAGAGAAGAAGAGGAUUAUGGUAGGUGAUGGAACCAAGGAAACAGAGUGUUUGGUCCAUGAAGAUGGAGAAAAGCAGAUAUCCAUUGAGAAGCAGAGAAUGGUUGCAUUAUAUGAGCUAGCAGCGAACCUAGAGGCACGUAUGAUGAAGGUGGAGAAGAUUUCGGCAAAGAUUAGAAAAUGGAAAACCAGAAGAAACCAGAACAAAAAUGGAAUAAAUCACAGAGAUAUGGCGAAGAAGCACAAGUACGGGAGACUAGUGUUGGUUUCGUGCAUCGCGCUUCUAGCUACCGGACUCGUCGCCGACUUUCUCUGGGCUACUUCUCAUCGAUUCUCCUCCGCCGCGGUCUCGUACUGGUCCGCGGGAAUAUCUCUUCCCUCCUCCGUUACCACCGCAACCGUCUCCGAGCAGGAGAAAGAUACAAAGAAGAAUAAGAAGAAGAAAGAGAGUGUGAAGGAAAGGAAACUAUCUGCGACAUUUCAAGAUUUGCCAGCUCCUGAAUUAGAAUGGGAGAAGAUGGCAGCUUCACCUGUACCUCGUCUAGACGGAGCUGCGAUUCAGAUCAGGGAUCUUCUAUAUGUCUUUGCUGGAUAUGGAACCAUUGAUCUCGUGCAUUCACAUGUUGAUAUCUACAAUUUCACUGACAACUCGUGGGGAGGAAGAUUCGAUAUGCCGAAAGAGAUGGCUCAUUCUCAUUUAGGGAUGGUUACAGAUGAACGAUUCAUUUACAUUGUCACUGGUCAGUUUGGUCCACAAUGCAGAGGACCUACAGCUAAAACGUUCGUGCUUGAUACCGAUACAAACACAUGGGAGGACUUUGUUCCUUUACCAGUUCCUAGGUAUGCACCGGCUACCCAGCUUUGGAGAGGAAGACUCCAUGUGAUGGGUGGGAGCAAGGAGAAUCGAUUUACACCAGGGCUUGAACAUUGGAGCAUCGCUGUUAAAGAUGGCAAACCGUUGGAGAAUCAGUGGAGAAGUGAGAUUCCAAUCCCUCGCGGAGGACCUCACAGGGCAUGUGUAGUAGUGGAUGAUCGACUGUUUGUAAUUGGUGGUCAAGAAGGUGAUUUCAUGGCUAAACCUGGCUCUCCCAUCUUCAAAUGCUCACGACGUAUGGAGGUGGUGUUCAGUGAUGUCUACAUGUUGGAUGAAGAAAUGAAAUGGAAAGUUAUGCCGCCGAUGCCAAAACCGGAUUCCCAUAUUGAAUUCGCUUGGAAAGUCGUUAAUAACUCCAUUGUUAUCGUUGGAGGCACAACAGAGAAGCAUCCUGAAACCAAAAAGAUGGUUCUCGUUGGUGAAAUCUUCCAGUUCAACUUGAAUACAUUGAAAUGGUAUGUGAUUGGUAAGUUACCGUACCGUGUGAAAACAACGCUGGUUGGGUAUUGGGACGGACAUAUAUACUUCACCUCAGGACAAAGAGACAAAGGUCCAGAUGAUCCUGCCCCGAGGAAGGUUCUUGCAGAGAUGUGGAGAACCAAACUGAUACUCAACUCAUGAGGCAAGCUAAUUUUGUUGUGCCAAACCCACAAUAUUUCUGCAUUCUUUAAGCCUAAUUCAAACAAGUCCUUUACGUUACAUAUAUGAUAUAUCCAACCCCUGUAAUAGCAAUUUGUAUAUUGUAAACUGAAUCACAAUCUAUGGAGAAAAUUCCAAUUCCAACACCAUAUCUUUGUGUUCAUCUUUAAUCAGAGAAUUGGUCAUGAUGGAUUCCAAUAUGGUUUUAUAGCAAACCUGCUGUUUUACAAAAGAGAGAAACCACCACAACAUUAAAUGCUUUUGCCACGUCUUUGUUGUUGAUUGUCUAUAUCAGAGAAGCCAAGAACAAGCUCUACCACGAAAAGCUCUCCAUCAAACCUUAGACCAGACGAUGCUGCAGGCUGAAGAAGACCAUCAACCAUCCCGCCAAACACAUAUACAAAUCUCCCUGAACUAUCAGCACAGGCGCGGUGAAAAGACCGGCUCUUUGGUCCGUAUGAGAUCCGGUCAAGCUUCUUCCACACCGACGAUCCGUUCAAACUAACUCCUUGCGGCUGCAAACCUGAAGCAGGAAUGGUUUUAACAUCCAACGACCAGAAAUCAUCUUUCCUGUGCCUAUAAGAGUCUUCACCUCCAUAGAUCAAGAUCCGACCUCCCAACACAAGCGUCGCCGAGUGACCAACACGAGGCAACGAUGCAUAAUCGGGAACAUCCCGGAAAUCGUAGAAGAUCUGUACCCAUCUUUCUUCACACUCUUCUUGAAUAUCCAAGAUCCAGACAUCAUCAAGCACGUCGUAUCCUAACCCUCUGCCUCCAAACAGAACCACUUGGUUCUCUCUAAUGCAGGUCAAAGUAUGUCCCGAGCGUGGUGGUGGAGACUGACAAGACUCGACCAUGUGCCAUGUACCGAUGGUGAAAUCCUCCGAAAGUUCUAGAAUCCAUGUAUCUCCGAGCCUGACUCCGUUCAGCCCGAUUCCUCCAUGUACAACCAUCUUCUUCUCCGCGAUACUACAAGCGGAGUGAGCACCGCGAGGAGGAGGACGAGGCCGCUGCAAAGGUCCAACAUUGAGGAGUUUCCAAGAGAGUCUCUCGUGGUAAGAGACUUGACCGAUCCACGUAUCGUUUAACCGCUCUCCACGGUCGUUUAUUCCUCCAAACAAGAGUAGCUGCUCGCCUAUAACGAUGCAGGUGUGUCCGAAUCUCCCACUUGGAGUCCCAGAUUCGACUUUUUUCCAUUUCAUCAUGUUUCGAUUGCUCUUGUCAACAUAAGAUGUCCAUGUAUCAUCAAGAUGGCGUCCUCCUUGACAACCACCACCAAACAAAACAAGAUGAUCAUUGACGAAGUUGAGAGAAUGAGAAGCUCUAGGGAUCGGAAACGAAGAAGAUUCCUCAUCAUCAUCAUCUGGGUCUGAGAUUUUGUGACAGCAAACAGAAUCCAUCUUGUAAACUCGCCGAAACAUCAUCACCCAUGAAAACCCAUCUCGUGAAGAAGAAGAAGAAGAGCAGGAAGAAGACGAUGACUUUAAGACAUCCACAGCUUGUGGGCCCCAUUCUCGUUCGCACAGGGCCUCCCAGAGACUGUCGGAACAGGCCAAGGCGUUGUAUCUCUUGCAGGCCAUGGAGAAAGAGAGGACUGAAUCUACGGGAAGAAGAAGCAAGAUGGUGAAGAGAUGGUCAUCGGCUAAAUUCGUUAUAGGGCUCUGCGACGACGGCGAAGUAGACGGCGGAGAUGGGUUUCUACUUGAUUCCGCCGCCAUUGGAGGAAAUCGGAGAAGGAUUUGAUUCUUGGCGAGAAUUAUUGGGAAUGAUGAUUGUUGUUGUAUCGUCACUGUCUCUGGUUACUAUACGGUAAAAAAAAAAAAAAACCUUCCUUUUUUUGGCUUUUUCUUUGAACAUUUUAGCUCACCUACGGAUAAAAAUUGCCCGCACAAAUUUCAAACUUUCAGAAACUUUCGGAAACACCCUGAAAUUUAUGAGAAACUCUUUUUGCAA